AUGGAUGUAUACCAAAUAGAGCUGGAGGCACAGGCACAAAUACGUUCCCAUCUGCUGAUCGACACUGUGGCUAAGAACUUGGGCCAAUCGACACGCCCACAGCAACAACUACAGCAACAAUUACAACAGCAGCAGCAGCAGCAGGACAACGACAAAAAUAUUGCAGAUCUAAACGUAGAGGAAGAAGAGGAGGAGGAGGAGCAGGAACAGGAGCAGCCAGACGACGAGGAAGAAGAUAACGACGAGGAGGAGGACGAAGAAGAAGAGGAGGAAGAGGAGGAGAACGAAGCAUUGCCGGAAGUUUGUUUCGAUGCAAAUUCCGAUUUCAAUUUGCAUUUCUUUGACACUCCCGAGGAUUCAUCUACGCAAGGCGCCUACAGUGAAGCAGGCAGCCUAGACUCAGAUCCUGACGAGGAACAGGAACCGCAACUGGAGCCACAUCACCAGCAGCAGCAAGUACAGCAGCAGCUGACGACGGCAUCAACAGUUGCUGGUGCAGCACAAGAGUUGCAACAUUGUCUGAGUGCCAUUGAAGCGGAUCCAUUGCAGUUGCUGCAGUGCGAGGGAUAUUACAGUGCGCAGCAACAGCAACUGUUGCAGCCGCAACACCAGCAACAGCAGCAGCAGCAACAGUUGCUGCAGCCGCAGCAACAGCAACAGCAGCACUUGAGCUGCACGUCAUUGAGCAAUGGUGGAGGUGCUUUGUACACCAUCAGCAGUGUGCAUCAGUUUGGUCCCGCCAGCAAUAGUCCCAGCUCAGCCGGCGCCCAUUCCUCACCAGACAGCGGACGGAGCAGCGGUUGCUCCUCCAGUUCGAGUUCUGUCACCGUCUCAUCUUCAUCUUCAUCAUCGUCGUCAGCAUCGAGUACAACAUCCUCGUCAGCGGUCAGCUCCUCCUCCUCCUCCUCCGGUCACGCGGCAACAUCUUCAACUGUUGCGCAUCUGAGCAAAGGACACCAACAACAGCAACAACAACAGCAGCAACAUCAACAACACCAACACUCACAGCAGCAAUUGCAACAGCAACAACAGCAGCACGCGCAGCAACAAUUUGGCAUUGUUGACUCCAGCAACGGCAGCAGCAACAGCAAUAGCAACAACAACAACAACAACAGCAGCAGCAACGGCAGCAACAACGGCAACAACAACAACGGAGUUUCCUCAAAGUCUUUUGUGCCCUGCAAAGUUUGUGGCGACAAGGCAUCUGGUUAUCAUUAUGGUGUAACCUCCUGCGAGGGUUGCAAGGGUUUCUUUCGUCGCAGCAUUCAAAAGCAAAUCGAAUAUCGUUGCCUGAGAGACGGCAAGUGUUUGGUAAUUCGCCUGAAUCGCAAUCGUUGUCAAUAUUGCCGCUUCAAGAAAUGUCUCUCAGCUGGCAUGAGCCGCGACUCUGUGCGUUAUGGUCGCGUACCGAAGCGUUCACGUGAGCUGAACCGUGCCGCAGCAGCCGCUGCAUCAGCCGCAGCAACUAGCACGCCCCUCAAUGUGGAUGAUACCAGUGCCAAUAAUUUGCAUACAAAUCUAAUACAACAACAACAACAACAGCAGCAGCAGCAACAACAGCAACAGCCGCAUGCGAGCAGCGUGCGUGUGAAUACACCGAAUACACCACAAACGCCACAAAUGUGUUCGAUUGCCUCAUCGCCAUCGGAGCUGGGCGGUUGCAAUAGUGCCAACAACAACAACAACAACAAUAAUAACAACAACAACAGCGGUAACAACAACAGCAAUGCCACAGCUGUAGUUGUGGGCAACCAUCAUCAGCAAUUGGUCGUCGGCAUGGGCAGCAGCAGCGACAUGGCCAUGACCCAGGUGGCCAUGUGCCAUCCCCACGAUCAUCAUGAUGCCCUCGCCGGCACGGCCAACGAACUGACUGUCUACGAUGUGAUCAUGUGCGUCUCACAGGCGCAUCGCCUAAAUUGCUCCUACACCGAGGAGUUGACACGCGAACUGAUGCGACGUCCAGUAACUGUACCACAAAAUGGCAUUGUCAACACUGUGGCAGAGAGCCUGGAGUUUCAGAAGAUCUGGCUGUGGCAACAGUUCUCGGCCCGCGUUACGCCCGGCGUGCAGCGUAUUGUGGAGUUUGCGAAACGCGUACCUGGCUUCUGUGAUUUCACGCAGGACGACCAACUGAUACUCAUCAAACUGGGCUUCUUUGAGGUGUGGCUGACGCAUGUGGCGCGUCUGAUCAAUGAUACGACGCUGACGCUGGACGAUGGCGCUUAUCUGACACGCCAGCAGCUUGAGAUACUCUACGAUUCGGACUUUGUGAAUGCCCUGCUGAAUUUUGCCAACACGUUGAAUGCGUAUGGAUUGAGCGACACGGAGAUUGGCCUCUUCUCCGCCAUGGUGCUGCUGGCCUCGGAUCGGGCGGGUCUCAGUGAGCCCAAGGUGAUUGCCCGUGCCCGUGAGCUUGUGGCGGAGGCGUUGCGUGUUCAGAUACUACGAUCCCGUGCCGGAUCGACGCAGGCGUUGCAGUUGAUGCCGGCGCUGGAGGCUAAGAUACCAGAGCUGCGCUCCUUGGGAGCCAAGCACUUCUCACAUCUAGACUGGCUGCGAAUGAACUGGACCAAGCUGCGUCUGCCGCCGCUCUUUGCCGAGAUCUUCGACAUACCCAAGGCGGAUGACGAGCUGUAGAACACAACAAUAAGAUUCUACCAGCGGUAUUGUUUAAGUAAUUAGCAUUAAACCAAGUGUUGGCACCAUCAUCAGCAGCAGCAUCAACUACUCAACAAGUUAAAAGGCAAACAUUUAUCCAUUUUACAAGAUACACAGAUACAUACAAAUAGUUAACUAAAAGUAAAACUAUAACUAAAACAUAAACUACAACUAAAACUACAACUAAAAGUAAAAGCAUUAAAUAUUUAGCAAUGUUAAAGGCGUUCGCAAACAUUUUUAAGCCACAUUCACACACUCAAACACACACAUACAUACACACACACACAUGCAUACAACUACAAUUAUAGACUUUGAGAAAUGUUUUUGUUAAUUUUGAAUCAUUCGAAGGAAAAAAAAGAUGAAACACCAGCUAAAGCUAAAGCACAAGCCGAACAUAUCCCAUGCGCAACAUAAGAUUUAUUUAUUUCAUUGUCAAACUCAUCAAACUACUCCCUAGUAAACAAAUCUCUACUAUUACCUGCCCGUUCCCAAUUCCCUUUUCACACUCAAUUCCCUAUCAUUUAUUGGCCAGCUUUGUCGGUCAAUUUUUCAAAAAAAAACUCGACUGAAGUGCGAGCGUUCAAGUUCGAAAAAUACUGGUUUUUUUUUUGUUAAGAAUACUUAUUGUAUAAUUAAAGAACUACUUAUAACUAUAUCAAAUAUAUAUAUAUAUACAUAUGUAAAAGUAGAGUUAUUCUAGCGUAGUUCAAGCAAAAAGACCCAAUUUUCUUUGCUCGUUUAUUGUAUCUGCGUGUAAAUAAAUUUAAAUUAAUUUUUUAACGUU